CGUCUGCUACAAGCCAAACGAUAAAGAACUCUUACGUCUCUACUCACAUACUCUCUACAUCCAUUGCGCCCUCUAUAUAGUAUUUUUAAAACCUGGUGUAUAAAUUUCUUAAAUCACACGGGAUUUUUUUUUGGUGUGUCGGUAUUAUUUUUGCACAUCCGUUAACUACAACUAUCUGCAAUCUCUCUCUAUCUCGCUCUCCAACAACGUCAGCUGUGAGCAGCAGAAAAUUUAACCUACUCACUAAACAUUUAUUACACUCAUACUAAAAUUGAAUGGUUUAUUAAAGACUUUUUAUCAAGCUGCUUAUAGAACACUUGUUUCAUACGCUCGUUGAUCGUUGAAGAAGCAACACACGCUGAAAAUUAACAACGGAACGGUUUUAAGAGAAUUAUAAAAAAUUUUAGAAAAAGACAAAUUUUUAAAAAAAGAUUUAAACGUGAAAUUACGUUAAACUUAAACGGAAAUAAACAAAACAAACAAAUAACUAAACAAAAUAAACUCAAACAAAGUGAAGUGUGAUUACAAACAAAAUUAUUAAGAAAUUUAUAAAAAAAACUUAUUAAAAAAACCAAAUAAAUAAAACAAAAAAGUGUUUUAUAAAUUUUUAUUAAAAAAACUAAAACAUCCCACAAAAAAUUAAAUAAAAUGGUUACCGGUGUUUGUGGACCCACAAUGACAGCCAAUGUAAUUGGAGCACCUAUUUCACAUCCUCCCAAGGAGACACCUGCUAAAAGCGAUCGUCGUUCUAACAAACCUAUUAUGGAAAAAAGACGACGUGCCCGCAUUAACAAUUGUUUAAAUGAAUUGAAAACCUUAAUCUUGGAUGCCACCAAAAAAGACCCUGCUCGUCAUUCCAAAUUGGAAAAAGCUGAUAUCUUGGAAAAGACCGUUAAACAUUUGCAAGAAUUGCAACGUCAACAGGCCGCCAUGCAACAGGCUGCCGAUCCCAAAGUCAUUAACAAAUUCAAGGCUGGUUUUGCCGACUGUGCCAAUGAAGUCAGCCGUUUCCCUGGUCUAGAGCCUGCCGUCAAACGCCGUCUCUUGCAGCACUUACAGAACUGCAUUAAUGGUGUCAAAACCGAAUUGCAUCAUCAUCAACGUCAAGCUAAUGCCGCCUCAAUGUCUGUACAACAAUUACAUGGACAAAUCUUGCCCUCACCCCCCUCCUCACCCGAACAGGAUCAUCAUCAUGUUCAGCAACAACAUCAAUACAUCAUGAGCUCUCAGAUACAACAAACUCCUCAUGGUUACUUCCUGCCCAAUGGUUUGCAAGUCAUACCCACCAAAUUGGCUAAUGGCACCAUUGCUUUGGUAUUGCCUCAACAACAACAACAACCCCAAGCCAAUAUGAAUGGUGUUCAACAUCCACCCAUGCUGGUGCCCAUUCCCUCUCGUACUGCCUCCACCGGCUCUGCGUCAUCUCACAGCUCCUACGAGCAAUCCUACUCCAGCAACUCAGCCAUGCUGCACUUUGCACCUCCCAGUCCAGCCAACUCUCAUGAAGCCAUGGAUUACAAACCCUCAGUAAUACAUCAUGCCCCCGCUCUACAGCAACACAACAAUCCACAGCCUUUGGCUUUGGUUACCAAAAAACAAAUCAAAGAAGAAGAACAACCAUGGCGUCCCUGGUGAGAGGUGUGUGUGGUGAUGUUAAUGGAAGUUAACGUUUGCUUAGAACCAAAGUGUUUGUAGAGGACACCAAGACUUCUUCUCAACUCACUCUCCCACUCGCUGCAUAACGGAAAUGACUGGCAUAAUGGCUGAUCAUGAGAAAUCAUGCAUGAGGGUCGCCACAACCAUGGUCAUUUUGGGGCAGUCUAACAAAAAAAAAACGUCAUCAAGGUAAACAUGACAGGCGUGCUCAACACAACAGAAACUUGUAAAGAACUGGAAAAAAACACGCCGCUCUUACAUACACUUACACGCACUCUUUCAAAAAAAAAAAAAAAACUACAAAGGCAAAAAUUUUUUUUAUAAAAAAGCCUAAAAAAACAAAAGAAAAGUUUUUACUCUUCAUUGUCUCUCACACGUACAUCCACACUUAAGCAUUUUCGCUAAAAGGGAAAAUGUUGAAAAUCAUAAGUUCAUGUUCUCAACAAACAACAACCCAGCAAGUGAGCUCUUAACUUACAACAAAAGUCUCUUUACUAUACCCCCUUAAGAGUGUAUAUUGCUAAAAUAGAGAUUUAAAAGCAGUUUGUUUCCAACGGAAUAUACACUCUGCCGCCACUCGCUGACUCAGUCGUCUUCCCCCUCCCUUUUCAUUAUUAUCAUUAAACAAUUUAAUGUAUUAUUCAUUAAUUUAAUGAAACAACUACCUCAUACAAACAAAAAAAAAAA